AAGAACACUGCUCCUUCGCUUGCUCGACGAACCGGAAGCGAAUAUGUCGGAACGGAAAGUUUUAAACAAAUACUACCCACCUGACUUCGACCCGUCAAAGAUCCCGAAACUCAAGCUACCCAAGGACCGGCAGUACGUGGUUCGACUGAUGGCCCCCUUCAACAUGAGGUGUAAGACAUGUGGAGAAUACAUCUACAAGGGGAAGAAGUUCAAUGCACGCAAGGAAACUGUCCAGAACGAGGCCUACCUGGGCCUGCCUAUCUUCCGCUUCUAUAUCAAGUGCACGCGCUGCUUGACCGAGAUCACCUUCAAGACAGACCCUGAGAACACGGACUACACCAUGGAGCAUGGAGCCACACGCAACUUCCAGGCCGAGAAGCUCCUGGAGGAGGAGGAAAAGCGUGUGCAGAAGGAGCGCGAGGAUGAGGAGCUGAACAACCCCAUGAAGGUCCUAGAGAACCGCACGAAAGACUCGAAGCUGGAGAUGGAGGUGCUGGAAAACCUGCAGGAGCUGAAGGACCUGAACCAGCGGCAGGCACACGUGGACUUUGAGGCCAUGCUGCUGCAGCACCGCCUGUCGCAGGAACAGUGGCGACGGCAGCAGCAGGAGGAAGAUGAAUGUGAGACUGCGGCCUUGCUGGAGAAGGCCCGCCACCGCAGACUUCUGGAGGAUUCCGACUCCGAAGAUGAAGCUCCGCCUUCCCGACCAUGCUCAGCAGCAAAACCCAACCCCACAGCCAUCCUGGACAAGGCACCGAAGGCCAAGAGGAAGGCAGAGGCAGUGGGCAGCAGGACACAGCUGGCCGGAUUGGUGGUGCCAAAGAAGGUGAAGGCGGAAGCCAACAGGGGCGCAGAGCAGCUCCAGAUGCCUGCCGUGGGUGCCCCAGAGAGCAGGAAGACAGCCAACCUUGCACCCCAGACACCCGUGACCUCCUCCCUGAGCCAGCUGGGUGCAUAUGGGGACAGCGAGGACAGUGACAGCUGAGCCCCUACAGCGACAUCACAGACCCAAGAAACCAGAGGAGAUGGGCUCAAGGAAGGCACCCUCAGCAAGUUCCUCUUGACCGUGUCUGCCGCGGUGAGACCUCCAAUUGCCACGCACGCUCCCCCACCCCACCCCGUCUGCGCUCUUAACCCAUUAAAAAAACAAAAAACAAAAAACUAA